UGACAGGAGGCAAACAGUAAGAUUUAAGAGGAAUUCUCUGUCCCGGGAUUUCUGUAACUGUGGAAUUAAACAUUUGGAUUUCUGGUCUCUGUCAGAGUGCAAGGGGAAUGCUCUCCGUGUUACUGUUUACAUGUGAAUGAUACUAUCCAGCCCAUCAGAGUCGAACAGUAACCUCAGAAAUAGUUGACGGUCUCAGAGGAGGAUGCCGUCCCUGCACCAUGGCGCAAUCUUUGUCGGAGCCUUCCUCAUUGUGACUGGGGGCUCCACAGCUUUUCUGGCCUCACCCCAGAGCCGCCUGCAGGCUUUCUCCCUCUGCUGCGUAGUGCUGGGGGUGGUCAUGCUUAUCCUUGGGUUAUUUUGGGCUAUGAACAACAAAAAAUGCCCCCAUUACCCAUACAACGACUACACCAACUACCCGAAUAAUGCACUCUUCUCCCCCCUAGGAAGCCACUUCCCAGAGUCCCAGUCAGUGUUUCUGCCCAGAACGAUGGAUCGUCACAGGCAUGGUACUCGUGGAGAAGAUUUUGACUAUCCUCCCAUGGAAUCUGGUGGUUUUAGUCCAACGCCUCACCCUCCACCAUGGCUGGGACCCCCACCUCCCUAUGAAGUUGCAAUCAAGACCACAUGCAGCUCUACGCACUUGCGGCGUGCAUACUCAGACACACACCUCGCAACAGAGCCACUGUUUGGACGGUCAAGAGAGAUCAGCUUUGAGGUGUGAUGCUGAAUGAUGAUGACAUCCUGCCUUAUCUAUACGUCAAUAGGCACAAGAUAGUUGCUAUCAACUUUAAUUUAUCUUUCAUCAUCAAGCAUGCUUCUGUCUUGGUUCCAGCAUGUUUUCCUAAUAUUUCUAGAAAUCUCAGUCCAGAUGUCAUUUAACCUUUAAAUAUAUGGUGAAAGUAGUCCAGCCUCCAAUGAUUCACUGUUGGGACUUCUUUGGAAAUCAAGCUUGAUUUUCAAAACAGGAUGAUGAGGAGAUUGUUUGGAAGGGGGUGGAGUUGGCUUUUUCUGGGUCUGUCUAAGGGUAAAAUAAAAUUCACCUAAUAUGACAGAUAGAUUAAUUUUUUAUUUAUAAAAGAUACAUAUCUUCUUUCACUGAUCUGUAAACUUCUGUUUUCAAGCUUUGAGUUUGUCUUUGACAUCAUGGGUAUUUUGCAGCCAGAAGGGACAAGGUGAGGCUUUGGCAACACCUAGAGGACACGAUAGACAUCCAUUCAAUAGAUGUCAGGUGCUCAACUGCCACUUGAGAGGAUUAUUUUUCUUUUUUUUAAUUUCAUGCAAAGUUGUUCAUUAUAUGUAGAUCUUAAAAUACUCUGAGUUAAAGAAGCAGGGCUUGGCUUGCUUUUGGAGCCACCCUCAAGUGGCCAUUCAAGGUAAUGCAGUUUAUUUAUUCUCAGCCCCUCAGGAUGGCACUUUCAGGAUGAAUAUAAAUAUCCCUUUGAAAUGAUGGGUGGACUCCAAAAAGGCUUUUUUAGCACAGUUUGGCCAUCUAUUUUCCAUGUCCAAAUAUUUGAUGACCUGAGGACUUUUAGAAGGUUAUUGAUUAUUUGUCAUGUUGCCAUUUAAGUUUUAGAAACCUUAAAAUACUAAGCUUGUGACAUUUAUUCCGUGCUUGAUUUAAAGAUAAAAACAACAACAACAACAAACAAGGAUUAGGAAAUCAGAAUUUCCUUAAUUUCAUCAAAUGCUCGGACUGUAUUUACUCUCUGGGAUUCACUUGUGGUUGAUUCUCAUUUUUACUUGCCUGCAUAACUGUAGUUUUUCAGUGAGAACAGCAAACUUGAAACCCUGAACCAACGCAGCCUUGUUUUUUUUCAGUUGGUGUGGUGCACAUGUUAGCCUCAGUAUGUUGAAAGCAGGGGAACAAUGACUCAUCUGGCCAUAUGAGCUUUUCCGCUGCUCGAUACACCACAGCUUACUGGCAGCACGGCCCGAAACAUUAGUAUUACGACUUGACCUAUUAUAACCACAAAAUGUAUUUUAAAGAACCUUUGUUCUGUUUUUGGAUGUUCAUACAUUUUAAUAAGUUAGCCUUUCCCUUCUUUUAAGAUCCCUUUAUUAAAUAUAUAUAUAACAAACUUCCAGAGGCCUUAAACUUGCUUUUCUUUAAGCAUGGGGCAUUCAGGUGCAGCUUGGAAUCUAAAGCUAUCAACAUUCAGGGAGGGGUCUAACCAAACACUUUCAUUGUGAAACUUGCUGUUGUUAUUUUGAUUACUGAAAUGGAAAGGAAAAGAAGGGAGAUUCUAUGUAGCAGAUGAUUUACUAAAUAAACUGAUGGGGUAAUCAUGGUUUGCUCAAGUAUGUCUAGCCUCUACAUGGAUGAUUGAUUGCACAUAUUAUUGCCAUCACACUCAUGUAGGAUUCUUACACUGAGCUAUUUGGGGUGAGGGGGAUGCACUGUUCUACACUCUUCUCAUCUUUGACAGCAGAAGCACAAUUCAUUUUUGCUGGUAUGAUCCAACAUGUUUUGCAUUAUAUCUCUGCACAUGUACGUACGUUACUGAACGAAAGACAAUAGAAAUAAAAACAUGUCAGUUGCUGUGAGAGUAUAUUAAACUUAUUUUUUUAAUGAAAGAGGGAGUGUUAUUAUUUUAUUAUUUCAGGAUUUUAGUUGGAAAAUUUGAAAACAGUUCUUAAAAUUGGAUGAGUUUAGGAAAUUUGCAUGUCUACAUUGCACAAAUUCUUAAAUCAUGGUGGGUCACGAACUGAUUAUGAAACAGUGGUCCCCGGGCAAAGAUGUGAAAAAAUCUGUUCUGACAAUUUCUGAGACAACCAAGCUAGGGGGACAGAUAACCACAUGCUGCACAGUUUGUGAUAGUUUUCUUUAGGAUUUUCUCAACCUUUAUUCAUGUCACCAUAGUCACUUUAUUUUAACCAA